AUGUCUUCAAAUCAAGGCUCUUCUUCUUCUAGUAAUCAAAAUGAUAACAACAUAAAUAAUAAUACUGGUGAUGAUAGUGUAAAUAAAGGUGAAAGUAGUAAAAAACAACAACAGUUGAAAUCAAAUCAAACACAAAAAGAAUCAAUACCACAACUUGGUGCUUUAGAAGAAGAUGAUGAAUUUGAAGAAUUUGCUGCUGAAGAUUGGAAUGAAACAGAAGAAGAUCAAGAAACUCAUUUAUGGGAAGAUAAUUGGGAUGACGAAGAUAUUGAAGAUGAUUUUUCCAAACAAUUGAGAGCCGAAAUUACCAAAGCUACCAAUGCACCACAACCAAUGAGAUAUUAA